UCGAGCCUGCGUAAAAACGCACCAAACACCCGCAAAGCAGUUUACGAAAUAGUGAGCGUCAUGAAAAAACCUCGAUCCCUGCAGUUCCUGGUACUGUUGUGAAUAAAUAAGCUGUUUUCAGAGAAAGCCUCCUGAAUUUUCUGCAGGAGAAACAACCAACAGAGCGGAACGCGCUUCGGUGGUGCGUCGCUGCGAUCUCUCCAGAAAUCGGGAAAAACGGGAACUUCAGACUUUUAGCCAAAGAAGGUGACCUGAAAGCAAGAUCAAGACGGCUUGUCUCAGCGAGAAGUGGAGAUAUGUUCAAGAAAAGCAAGAGUAAAGUGCUGGUGGAUUAUGCGUCAGAGGAAGAGGACAUGUCCUGGCGCUAUCAUCACUCCUACAAGGACAAAGACAUAGAAGGAGAGGAAGAGGAGGAGGAAGCUGUCACUGCAGUAUCCAAGGAGGCCAAGGUAAAGAAGAUCAUGUCCAAGAAAGAGAGGAGGGAGAAGAAGAUGUUCUCCUCUAAAGAUGACGAGCACUUCUUGUUGACCGGAGUAAAGUUGGCUGACCGCAGAGGGUCUCUCAAGAAAAUCAAGGAUGAUGAGAAGGAGAAGGAAAAAAAGGAAAAGCCAGAGAAGGGCCACUGUUUCUGGGAGAGCGUUACCAUGACCAUGAGGCAGAUCUCCCCCACCAAAAAAUUGGAGAAGAUGGAGGGCUGGGAGCCUCCACACCUGGAGAACUUAAAUGAGACUGUGACCGACGAAGCCCCGGAGGACAAGAGCCAGAAAGGGGACUCGCCAGUGUCCUUCCCCGACUCUGUAGGCCUCCCGUUGGAACUGGCCUCCUGGGCGGGCCAAGGUCUUGAGGAGGACUCCUCCCGCUAUGCUAAUCUGUCGGACUCCAAGGAUUCAACAGCUGCCGUCAGGUGGACAUCCCGCGCCAAAGUCAAGUUGGCUGGCAUCAGCAGGAUGAGCAGAGGGAUCGUGUCAGAAAGCGCUUGGGAGGGGUUUAAAUAGGAGCCAUUUCACCUUUGAUACCCUCCCUCCUCACCUAUGUACUGUCAGAAGAUGAAGACCUGAACCAAAAAUCUGCUUGUCUCUGUAGUCUAGUUCUGGACGAAGCCAGUGUUAACGACAACUGGUGUUGAGAUGCUGUUGUAAAGCCCUGAACGUAACACAUAAUGUGAUUUCAGCGUUAAAAGCCCUCGACAUGCUAGUUUUAUCAAUGGGCUUUUGAAUCACUGACAUAAACUGUAAAUAACAACAAAUGAAAGCCUUAAACUAUUUUACCAUUUUAACUGUGAUAUCCACUGGCCUGGCAUUUAGAUAUUUUGUAUUGCCAAAAAAUGAGAAGAGUGAUUUUCAUAUAAUUAUUGUGGCUGUCAGUGGUAGAGAAUCAAUGAAGAAUAUGCAACUUUCUGUCUUUACUGCACUGAGUGAAGAAUGGGAGUCAAUUAUGGGCUUAAAAUAGAUGCAAUCAUGGAACAGCUGAUGAAAAAAUGUGGGUCCGGAAUAUUAGUGUAUGUGUUUGCAUCUGCGUGUGUGUGAAAGAGAGGUUGAUAAAGAGGAAGUGAGUUUGAUGGACCUGCACGCACAUUUGUUUGAGUGAAUCACAGUUGGCAUUGCUAAAGAGAUUUGAAUCUCUGUUGUGUUGGGAGCAUGUGAGGGAAACAAAUUGAAGCAACCCUCACAGUGUCAUAGUGUGAUACGUGUUUAAAUCUGAUGCUGAAUAAUCUUUUAUAACAUUUGUAAUGCUGACCAGAUAAAAGCCAAAACUCUGUGUAUACUUGUUUCUCGAGAAAAGCAGAGACUUCAUGCAGCUGUGCCUUGUAUCAAUACAAUGACAUCAUGUGUGUGCUAUCAAUUUGAACUAGAUCAUCCUCUGUGCACAAAACAGAUGAGCUCAUCUAUGCAUGUGCAGAUGGGUCGACCCAGCAUACACUUUAGCUGCGUCAGCCAUCGACACUCAAACUGGUUUCCAGUUACGAUCCCUGGAUGCUGUUAGCUUCACCAGCAGGAGCAGCACAAGUGUUUGUGUGUUACAUUAUGAAAAGUCUUUUAAUGCUGUUUGUAUAUCUGUAUAUUGUGUAGGACUGAGACAAUGAAGAGUAAUUUCAUUUCUACAGUGAUUUGUCUUUUAGGUGAAUAAGAAACGUCAUGCCACUGGUCUUUUCUUCUUCUUUGUUUUGUUCUGUUUACUGAAUUUGUUUGAUACUGAAGUCUGCUUCAUUGCAGCCAGAGGUGUACACAGAUACUGGUGCACUUCCAGGGAUGCAUGUAUCCUGUAUUUAUUCAUUAAACAGCUGGGUCACAUUCUCUCAAGCAGAAUAAAGAUUUAGUCCGACUGUCUGGCUCUACUUUAUUCAACACAUUGCAGUCUGUAGUAGUGUUUUCACGAUACUGGAGUUUCUAACUUUGAUACAACCUUGAAAAUAUAUUUUCAUGGGGAAAUACAAUUUUAGAUUAUUUUUAAA